CUGGUGGGAGGAGGGUCCAGAUGAAGAAGCUGCUGAAGCUGGACGUUGAUCUUCAUUCUCUGAUCCACCAUGAAGCUGCCUUUGUUGCUGGUUUUUCUUUGGACUCUGACCACCUUCAGUCUGCAGACGGACUCACCUGGUCAGUGUGUCUGUGAGUUCAGGAACUCAGAGCAGAUGUUUCCUCACGACAAGCUGAGAACCGCCGAGAACGAAGCGUCCGACUGCAACAGCAGAGUUUCUCCCUGGAAGACCACUGAGCUCCAGGGUCUCAUGCUGGGUCUGGACCGCCGUCUGGUUCAGCUCCAAGAAGACGUGUCCGUCCUGGAGAAGGAGGAUGAUGGAGAUCUGUACGGAGUCCUCAGCCUGAACGUCAUCCACAACGAGAUGACGGAGAUCAGACUGCUGCUGGACAAACUCAACACAACCACUGAGGAGCAACACAAGCAGACUGCUGCCACUACACACAGGAUGGAGCAGGUCCGAGCAGAGAUGGAGCAGCUGGAGACUUUCGACACCCAGCAGGUGGUGAAGCGACAAGAAGCCAACCAGCGCCUGAGGAGAGACCUGGACAAGUGCAGGAAUGGACUCCAUGCAGGACCUCCACCCACUGAGCCUCCAAAUGGUUCUUGUCCUUACGGUGAGUUUCUGAACAUCUCCGAGCCGAGGGUCUACACGGCUGGAGAGUAUCCAGGUUCCUACAAGUACGGAGCCUGGGGUCGAGAUCCAAAACCAGAACCUGGGAAGGAGAGCUGGCACUGGCUGGUUCUGAUGACAUCCAGCAACAGAUACUCCAACUACGUCCGCCAGUACCACAGUCUGAGCUCGCUCAUCGUGGGCCAGAGUGUUCCAGGUAACGUCCUGAUUUCCUCCUCCAACCCGACCACCAACACCAUCCAGGGUCCAAAUGUGGUUCUGUAUGGAGGAUCUUUGUACUACAACUGUUACAACCAACAUGCAGUUUGUCGAUUUAACCUCACCUCCAAAACCGUGACCAACGUAGAUCUUCCUCAAGGCACCAGGUAUAACUCCAAGGGGAACUUCUGCCACCUGGAUGAGUGCUACCCGUACACCGACCUGGACCUGGCCACAGACGAGUCGGGCGUCUGGGUGGUCUACACCACCACCCAGGACUUUGGUAAUCUGGUUCUGUCCAAGGUGGAGGAGGGCGAGCCGCCGAAGCUCAACCAAACCUGGCACACUUCAGUCUUCAAGCAGGGGGUGACCAACACCUUCGUGGCCUGCGGCGUGCUCUAUGCUACACGCUAUGUGAGCAAAGACGUAGAGGAGAUCUUCUACUCGUUUGACACGACCACAGGGAAGGAGAGGUUCGACGUCGGCAUCUUCAUGAACAAGAUGUCCACCAACAUCCAGGCCCUGAACUACAGCCCUGUGGACCAGAUGCUCUAUGCCUACUGUGACUCCAACAUGGUCUCCUAUGAGGCGAUGUUUGAGUCAUCAGGUGAUUCUUUUUAAAUGAUAGCUUUAAUGAUGUCAGCAAUGACUAGAAGCAUCAAGGUGGUGUGAAAAUAGCCUGCUUUAUAUGAUCGAUUUCUAUGGAAAUUCUGCAUCUUGAACAUCUGAGUUCUAGUGAUUCCAUCAGAACAACUGUACCUUUCUUCAUUGUUUCUAUUCAAUAAAUUCAUUUUUCAUCUUU